AGGUGAGAGUGUGUGCUGCCAGAGAGGGAGGGAGACUGCAGGGGAAGGAGACACACCUCAGUUUGGAGAGGGAGAGAGCUACCUGCAAACAGACAGAUCCGGGAGGGAACAGAGCAGACAGGAGACAGCUGUUAGGGAAAAGCCGGUGACAAAAGUGACACGGCGCUGACAGGCGAAAGGGGCUGCGACAGGCGUAGACGCACGGAUACAGCACGGUGACAGGACACUAAGAAGUGUCAGUGCUAAGGAAGGCGAGAAUCCCUCCCGUACCUCCCGGACCCUGCAGGACAAGAUGGCAUCUGCUAGCGACCCGCGCCAACCCCAGAAAGACGCCGCCGAUCAGAGCUUCGAUUACAUGUUUAAGCUCCUGAUUAUCGGGAAUAGCAGUGUGGGGAAGACUUCUUUUCUCUUUCGCUACGCGGAUGACUCCUUCACUUCAGCCUUCGUCAGCACGGUGGGGAUAGACUUCAAAGUGAAGACCGUAUACCGGAACGAGAAGAGAGUGAAACUGCAGAUCUGGGACACAGCUGGCCAGGAGAGGUAUCGGACCAUCACCACCGCCUAUUACCGCGGAGCCAUGGGUUUCCUGCUUAUGUAUGAUAUUUCCAACGUGGAGUCCUUCAACGCUGUGCAAGACUGGGCGACACAAAUCAAGACGUACUCCUGGGACAACGCACAGGUCCUGCUGGUUGGGAACAAGUGUGACAUGGAAGAUGAGCGAAUAAUCCCAGCAGAAGACGGUCGUAGGUUGGCUGAGGAACUAGGGUUCGAGUUUUUUGAGGCCAGCGCAAAAGAAAACAUCAAUGUGAAACAAGUCUUCGAGCGUUUGGUGGACGUCAUCUGCGAGAAGAUGAAUGAAAGCCUGGAGAACGGACCGGUGCCAUCCAGUGGUACCGCACGCCUUACCGACGCUUCUCCAAAAGAACAGAGUAACUGCUCAUGUUAGUCUGGAGCCCCGUUUUACAGAAAGCACCCAGCUAGGUCACAGAGAUGUCUCUAAUUAUUAUCAAUGCUCAGCAGUCAGCAAAAGUAAUUGCCCGAUUGGGACGGACACCCCUAUACUUUGUAAUAUUUCCAGGCGGGGUGGCUGUUCCUAUUACAUUCCCAGCUGAGUAUAUGAGAGACAAAACAAGACACAGUUACAUACAUGUGCCCACUAUAAUUCAUUGCUACAGAUAAUUUAUAUUCCAGCCUUACACGGAAAAACUACACAUAAGGUCACUGCCUGAUAUCACAGGACAUCACACGGUCACAUAGAUGGGUGUUUCCUGGGGCCAAGAUAGGUAUUCCUUUGCCAUCAAGUGCCAAAGAUUAUCCGAACGUGCCACCACGGCCUGUUCUGAGGGCUCUGCAAAGCAUUGCUCUGCAUGUUUUUUUUUGUUUUUAUUUUUUCUUCUCAAGUGCUCUGCAUGAUGCUACUGGACCCGUUCAAAGUGUUUUUGUGUCUGGGACUGUACAUGAAGGACUGAAGAAGGAACCAGGGUCGCGGGAACAUAGAUCACUGUAUAUACCUGGGCAUAGCGGCCAUGAAGAUUUUGACUUUGCGGAUAUGUUGCCCUCUACUGUUGUAAAAAAAUUAGGAGAUGUUUACAUUUUUAAUAAAAGGAACCGUCCUUUUAUUGUA